UGGUGCUCCAUGUGUGUGAGCCCAGAAGAAGUGUAGCCCGGGCAGAGGGCUGCUGAGCUGUGCUGCAUGGUGCAGGGGAGACACAUCAUUUGGUGGAGGAGUGGAGGCGGCUAAUUGCCUGAGCCCAUCCCUCAUUUCCAUAUGCAGUCUGUGUCCGCUGGCCCCGAGCCAAUCCCCUCUCACCCCCGCCGCUAAUCGCCAUGCAUUAUUCACCAUCACAAUUACACAGCGACAUGCGCAACCGGCGCUGCACCGACACCAGCUAAUUUCCGUCAUUUUGCAACUCGACUAUUUGUGAACAAUUUUUUUUUUUUAUUUGCCACUGAUGUAUCUGCAAAAAAGCAGAAACGAGUCCCAGUUCCCAGCAGCAGCAGCAUGUCUCGGCGAAAGCAAGCCAAGCCUCAGCAUCUGAAAUCAGAAGAGGACAUCGGGACAGAGGUGCUCCCUUCAAACGCAGUACCCGGGGAAGGAGCAGAUGACGCUGAUAGCGGGAAUGAAAGUCGAAGUGGAAGUGAAGAGACCAAUGUUUGUGAAAAAUGCUGUGCUGAAUUCUUCAAAUGGACUGACUUCUUAGAGCACAAGAAGAACUGCACUAAAAAUCCACUUGUGUUGAUUGUUAAUGACGAUGAUGUAGCAGCACCAGCUUCUGAAGAAUUCCCUGAACCCUCUCCUGCGAGCUCGCCCAGUGAUCACGGAGAAAGCGAGACAGCAGAGGAAAAUGUCCAAGUAGAAAAUAAUGAGAACUGUGAUAUAAAAGACACAGAAAAGGAAGAGGAACCUAUGGAGGUGGAAAACACUGAAGAAAAAACCUACCCAAGUCAAGAGCCCUCAAACACAGCUAAUCCUCUACCUCAGAUUCCUGAACCAUCUUCCAUGACUAAUUAUAACAUGCCAAACACUAACGUCACAUUAGAGACUCUACAAAGUACGAAGGUGGCUGUUGCACAGUUUUCACAGACUGCACGGUGUGUAGGUGGGACAAAUUCUGCAACUGCAGCUACGGCAAUGGCAAUUCCAAUGAUUUUAGAACAGUUAAUGGCACUACAGCAGCAGCAAAUUCACCAGCUGCAACUCAUUGAACAAAUACGUAGCCAAGUGGCACUGAUGAAUCGCCAGCCACUGCGUCCUCCCCUGACUCCUGCUGUUCCGGCACAGAGUGCUCCAAUACCCGCCUCUAAUCAACUACAGGGUUUUGUGGCACAUUCUGCCCUCCAGCUAACAUCAGUAGCUCCACCCACUCUUGCAGUCCCGGUUCCCAGUAAUCAAUCUCCAUCUUUUGAGAACCCACAACAUGUAUCACAGCCUGCCUCUGGUGCGAGUACCCCAAAUAUACCAUGCUCUGUCUCUUCUGUGCCAACAGAAUGCAGCACACCAUUACCAAGUAAUACUAAAGCAACUUCAUCAACCCCUAGUUCAAUGUCCAAUGUUACAAGUAGUUUAGCACAUCCGCAGAAUUCCACAAGUCCUCUAUCUGUUGGGCAUGGAAAUAUCCUUACCCCAUCUUCUAGCUUGCCAAGCCCACUUCUACCUCAGAGUUCAUCAAGCAGUGUGAUUUUCCCCAAUCCUCUUGUCAGCAUUGCUGCGACAGCUAAUGCGUUAGACCCUCUCUCUGCACUCAUGAAGCACCGCAAGGGAAAGCCACCAAACGUAUCAGUAUUUGAGACCAAGUCGAAUUCCGAAGACCCAUUUUUUAAACAUAAAUGUAGGUUUUGUGCCAAGGUCUUUGGAAGUGAUAGUGCUUUACAAAUCCACUUGCGUUCUCAUACAGGAGAAAGACCUUUCAAAUGUAAUAUAUGUGGAAAUCGUUUCUCCACAAAAGGGAACCUUAAGGUUCACUUCCAGAGACACAAAGAAAAAUAUCCCCAUAUACAAAUGAAUCCAUACCCAGUUCCAGAAUACCUCGACAAUGUACCCACUAGCUCUGGAAUUCCUUAUGGCAUGUCUCUUCCUCCUGAGAAACCAGUAACAACAUGGUUAGAUAGUAAACCUGUAUUACCAACCAUUCCAACGUCAAUAGGGUUGCAGCUUCCUCCCACUAUACCAGGUAUUAACAACUAUGGGGACUCUCCAAGCAUAACUCCAAUGAACAGAUCACCCCAAAGGCCUUCUCCUGCUUCCAGUGAAUGUAACUCCUUAUCACCAAGCCUACACAACUCAGAAUCUUGUAUAAUAGCAUCUGCAGAAUCUCCACAACCUGUUCUAGCAGUGACCGCUACUACUAAAUCAGAAGCCCCUGUCCUCCCCCUUCCUGCACAGCCUGUAAGAGUUCCUGAACAAACUUCAAGUGGACAGAUAUCAUCACCUGUCACCACUUCAAUCCCUACCAUCACAGACACAAGCAUUUCAAGCAUUUCAACUAGCCUCCCAAACUCUGUGCUUCCAUCCAUGUCUGAUCAGUUCAAGGCAAAAUUUCCCUUUGGAGGUCUCCUGGAGUCUAUGCAAACAUCAGAAACCUCAAAACUACAGCAGCUAGUUGAGAACAUUGAUAAAAAAAUGACAGAUCCAAACCAAUGUGUCAUUUGUCACAGAGUGCUAAGCUGUCAGAGUGCUCUCAAGAUGCAUUACAGAACACAUACAGGAGAAAGGCCAUUUAAAUGCAAAAUUUGUGGACGUGCUUUUACUACGAAAGGCAAUUUAAAAACACAUUUUGGUGUUCAUCGGGCAAAACCUCCACUUAGAGUUCAGCAUUCGUGUCCCAUUUGUCAGAAAAAAUUUACAAAUGCCGUGGUCCUGCAACAACAUAUUCGUAUGCAUAUGGGUGGGCAGAUUCCAAACACCCCUUUACCAGAGGGCUUCCAAGAUGCAAUGGACUCUGAGCUUUCUUAUGAUGAUAAGAAUCUAGAAACAAUGAGCAAUUAUGAUGAUGACUUUGAUGAUAAUUCUAUGGACGAUGAUUUAGACAUGAAAGAUGAAACAAGUGAUUCUUCUAAACCUCUCAUACCAUACUCUGGGUCUUCACCUUCUUCCCCUCCCACUGUCAUUUCUAGUAUUGCUGCUUUAGAAAAUCAGAUGAAAAUGAUUGACUCUGUUAUGAAUGCUCAGCAGUUUAUUGGUUUAAAAAACAUUGAGAAUGGGUCUGGAGAAAGUGAUCAUUUAAGCAAUGAUUCCUCGUCUGCUGUUGGGGAUCUGGAAAGCCAAAGUGCUGGCAGUCCUGCCAUGUCAGAAUCUUCUUCAUCCAUGCAAGUUUUGUCACCUGCACAUAGUCAUAGUGAGAGCAUAAGAUCAAAGUCCCCAAAUGUUAUUACCCAAGAAGAAAUACAACAUCCAUCCGAAAUACAGCUUAAAACAGAAAAGCCCGAUAGUCCUUUACCUGCUACAGAAAAUGAAGGUGCACUUGAUCUGACCUCCACCAAUCCUGGGAGACCAGUCAUCAAAGAAGAGGCUCCUUUUAGCCUGCUGUUCCUGAGCAGAGAACGUGGUCCCAGCCAAACUACUACUAGCCUGGUCACCAGCACAUCGCCUGCCAUGAUCAAAAUGGAAGUGAAUGGUCACACCAAGCCGAUCUCAAUGGGUGAAGGUCCGCACCUUCCACCAGGAAUCCAGGUUCCUGCCGCACCACAGACAGCGAUGAGCCCAGGCAUCACUCCAUUGCUGGCACCCCCACCACGACGAACUCCCAAGCAACACAACUGUCACUCGUGUGGAAAGACCUUCUCUUCAGCAAGUGCACUACAGAUACAUGAACGUACUCAUACUGGUGAAAAGCCAUUUGGUUGCACAAUCUGUGGUAGAGCAUUUACCACAAAAGGGAAUCUUAAGGUCCAUAUGGGAACGCACAUGUGGAAUAAUGCUCCUGCAAGAAGAGGUCGGCGGCUUUCAGUCGAAAACCCGAUGGCUUUGCUAGGAGGAGACGCACUAAAGUUUUCUGAGAUGUUUCAAAAGGACUUGGCAGCUCGAGCAAUGAAUGUUGACCCCAGUUUUUGGAACCAGUAUGCUGCUGCUAUCACAAAUGGGCUUGCUAUGAAAAACAAUGAGAUUUCUGUUAUACAGAACGGAGGUAUUCCGCAACUCCCUGUCAGUUUGGGUGGAAGUGCUAUCCCACCAUUAGGCAACAUUUCCAGUGGGAUGGACCGAGCACGUACCUGCAGCAGCCCUCCUAUCAUUAGUUUGGACAAAGUAGGCUCUGACUCUAUUGUAAAUCGGCCCUUCACAAGGUUUAUCGAAGAGAAUAAAGAAAUUGGCAUAAACUGAAUGCUGAAUGCUGAAUGGUAACAAAAACAAAAACAAAAAAAAGAUACUGUUUUGGCCAAUUUUCUGCACCAUUGUACUAUGAUGUACAGAUUUUUUUGAACAUAUAUCACUGUCUCUUAACCCAAGUACCUUUUCUCGUUUGCCCAUAGCAGAAAUGCAUAGUCUUGUUGAUGCAGAAGAGAUUUUUUUUUUUUUUUUUUGCAAGAUGUGCAUGGUACUUUUUUCAGCAGUUAAACUGACUGUCACAUUCACAACAGACUUUGUACCCUUUUUUUGUUUUAGUUAAGAAUUGUCAUUGGAUAACAAACUUACAAAGGCACCACAUUUUAUUUAAUUUUAUUUUCCUACAAAAUGAAUUAUCUAUUAAUGUAUUGGGGGGGGGGGGAGGGAGGGAGAUAGACAAGAAUUUUGUUGUCCAAAAUAUUUGCUGGUUUUGUUCAAUUAGCUAUAUACUUGAAGUAUGAUUUUAAGGAUUCUGAUACUAAACAAGAAAUUUAGUUUGCCCAAUACUGUGCAUUAUUACAGUAUCUAUGUCUGUAAUAUUUAUAAUAACAUUAUGCGGGUAUCAAACAUUAAACAGCCCCCAACCUACAAUGGAGUUUUGUACAGCAAUGUACGUACCCGAGUUUGUGACAUAUUCUUAGCAAGGAUUUUUUUUGGCUAUGAUUCAGUGAUGUUUAUUCCAAUGCAGGCAAAAAUUGUGACAUUUUUAUUUGGGAAGAUCGCAUGCUUUACAUGUGCAAGUAUCUGUCAGUAACAAAUCCUUUUAUUUAAAUAUUUGUAGCUGCUACGUGGACAGUUGUUCGAUAUAAAUGAGAAGAUGUUGUGUGGAUAAUAGUUCCGUGGCUGAAAAUCCAGUUACAUAAAAAGCCUUUUCAAUCUUUAAAAUAUUCACUUCAUAGGAGUGAGUUAAAGAAAUUCUCCAUGUUAUCUUUGCUGUACAAUAAAGGGUAAUGUUUGUAUAA